AUGGUUCGGGCACAAGAUCGCAGUGCAUUGUUGUUCCCGUAUAGAUAUUCUCCAGAGCAGCCACUGAAGACCAUGGCGUCCAAUGUUGCGAUAUUCGGAGCAGCCUGUUCCCCAUCACAUUCGCAGUACGUGAAAAAUUUGAACGCGACCGAACAAGAAGCAGAACUUCCACGAGGAGCGGCAGCAGUGAAAAAGCGGCAUUACGUGGACGAUCACGUAGAUAGCUUUGACACAGCUGAGGAAGCCUUUGAGGUGACGCAAGAGGUAAUCGAGGUCCACAAACGAGCGGGAUUCCAUAUCCGCAAUUGGAUGUCGAAUGACCGGAGCGUACUAGAGAAGCUAGGGGAAGAGAACCUAAAAUCAUCAAAGCCCAUGCUACCGGAGAAGGACAUUGGGUUUGAACGAGUGUUGGGGAUGGUGUGGAUACAAGAAGAAGAUGUCUUCGUGUUUUCGUUGCAGUUUUGCGAAAAAAUGAGAACCCUACUGGAAGGUACCGUGAUCCCAACAAAAAGGGAAAUGCUUCGGCUAGUCAUGAGCAUCUACGAUCCCCUUGGAUUGGUGGCAUCGUUUGUCAUCCAUGGGAAAAUCCUUAUCCAAGAAGUUUGGCGAACUGACACGGAUUGGGACUCAAACAUUCCAAUGGAGAUUGCAACUCGUUGGAUGGAAUGGUUGGCAACACUGAGGAACAUGACCGGAUUGCGUAUUCCCCGGUGCUAUUUCCCUGGAUAUGAUCCAGAAAGCUUCGAUAGUCUUGAGUUGCACGUGUUCGUGGACGCCAGCGCCCAGGCUUAUGCAGCAGUAGCGUACUUUCGCAUCUCAGAUCGGGGGCAGAUCAGGGUGGCUCUUGUUGCGUCCAAAACGAAGGUCGCACCACUUAGAGGAGUUUCGAUUCCUCGUUUAGAGUUGAUGGCAGCGUUACUUGGAGCUCGGAAAACGAUCGAGGAGAAUCACUCGAUAAAGGUGAAGAAAACCUGUUUUUGGAGCGACUCAUCGACGGUUUGUUCCUGGAUUAAAUCGGAUACACGUCGAUAUCGCCAGUUUGUAGCAUUCAGAAUCGAUGAAAUAUUGAGUCUUUCGAGCAUCGACGAAUGGCAGUGGAUUUCAACGAAGAUCAAUGUGGCAGAUGCGCCACCAAAUGGGGAAAGGGACCUUCGUGUAACAUUGAAAGCCGUUGGUUCCAGGGACCCGAGUUUCUUACGGGAGGCGUAUGUAUGCAGUCAUCUGGUCAGGGAACCGCUAAUAGAUCCUGAAAGAUUUUCGCGGUUUGAAAAAAUGUUGCGCUCGGUGACAUAUGUUCAUCACAUUGUGGAUAACCUGCGAACUUCAAAGAAUAAUGAAUCAACGGGUACUGUUGGGGUAACUAGCGCGGAAAUUCGCAAAGCUGAGAGAACUUUGUGGUUGAUCGCGCAAUCUGAAGCGUUUCCGGAUGAAGCAGUGAUCUUAAAGGCGAAUUUAGAACGGAGUGGUGGAGGCCAGAAACAAAUUGGAGCAUUUAGCAGUUUACUGAAGCAAUCUCCAUUCGCGGACGAAUACGGGGUGUUGAGAGUAGGCAGUAGAGCUGCGGACGCGCAAGUUAUGGCUUACGACUCGAAGUUUCCUAUCAUUCUGCCUAGAAACCACAAAAUUACGGAGCUGCUGCUGGAUUUUUACCACAGGAAGUACGGACAUGCAAACGAUGAGACCAUAGUGAAUGAGGUGCGACAGAAAUUUCAUGUCUCACGGCUGCGAGUUGAAGUACGCCUUAUUAGAAAGCGAUGUAUGUGGUGCCGGGUGUACAAGACAACGACGAUCGCCCCUAAAAUGGGACCGCUACCUGCGGUACGAUUAGAACCGUAUGUGCGGGCGUUCACUUACGUGGGUGUAGACAUCUUUGGUCCGUAUUUGGUGAAGGUUGGACGAAGCGUAGUUAAACGAUGGGUGUGUCUUUUCACGUGCCUCACUAUCAGAGCAAUCCACCUAGAGGUAGUAGCCAGUUUAACCACGGAUUCGUGUAAGAAGGCAAUUAGGAGAUUCAUUGCACGACGGGGUUCCCCUCAGGAAAUAUUCUCCGACAAUGGCACUAAUUUUGUAGGAGCGAGCCGGGAGCUACGGGACGAAAUCAGCAGGAUUCAUUCUGAAUUGGGUAGUACAUUCACAAAUGCUCAAACUCAGUGGCGUUUCAACCCUCCUGCUGCUCCUCAUAUGGGAGGCUGCUGUGAGAGGAUGGUACGGGCCGUAAAAUCAGCACUUGGAUGCGUUCCGAUUGUGCGGAAGCUAGACGAGGAGUCGCUUGCUACAGUGAUGGCAGAAGCAGAAAGCAUGGUCAAUUCUCGACCAUUGACGUUCAUCCCGCUGGAAACGGCUGACCAUGAAUCGUUGUCGCCCAACCAUUUUUUGCUUCUCAAUUCCAAUGGUGUACGAGAACCGGAGAAGCUACCAACAGAUGAAAAAAUGGCAUUGCAAAAUAGUUGGAACAUGGUUAAGCACACGAUGGACAACUUUUGGCGCCGUUGGUUGGUGGAAUACCUCCCGACUAUUAUUAGACGGACGAAGUGGUUUCAGGACGUAAGACAGAUCGAAGUGGGAGACCUGGUGCUUGUGGUGGACGAGAAUAUCCGGAACCGGUGGUUACGUGGACGAGUGAUCCACACAGUUCCGGGAAAAGACGGAGUAGCACGUAGUGCAGAGGUGAAGACAUCCUUAGGGAUUUUGAAAAGGCCGGUAACGAGACUGGCUUUGCUGGACGUGGAAAAAUUGGGUGACGCUGAACCGGAAGUUAAGGCGACACGGGGGGGAGACUGUUCGCCGCAAAAGCCCCUCGUUUAG